AUGAGACAACAUCAUCUCGACCCUUGUAGAAGAGCGGUUGUGUUUCAUUUGGAUCGAGUGUACUCACAGAGAGAGGGGAUUACGAGUGUUUAUAGAAUCAUGGAAACACACAAUUGCACAUUUGGUAUGACUUCUCCAAGGAGAAUCCAAGAGAUCAAGGUGUAUUCACAAAAAUUAAAUCUCGACUUGAAACAAUUGCAGGCGCCUAGACGACAAUGUUGUGAUAUAUUGCCUUCAUCGUCAGAAAAAUUAAUGGAAAUCAACAUUAGGGCAUGUCAUGAAGAGGAACUAGUAUAUAAGCGACCAUAA